AGGGAGAGGGAGAGGCGGCAGGGAGAAGGAGAAGGGGCAGCCUGUACUCCUAACCAGCCAGGGGCUUGCCUGGUCUCCCCAGUGUUAGCAGGUCUGACCCCAGCAUUUGGUGGAGGUGCUCUGACCGAGGGACGCUUGACUCUACUCCCCGGCACGGUGAACUUGAAAAUCGAAAUCUGGAUUGUCCACACCUGGUCUGGAUGAAUGAAGAUUUAAAGACGAAGGGUUGAAGACGAGGACUACCUGAUCAACUACGCACAUGGGACACACGCACGGUCAGCAACUCCCGCCCACAGCGAUGCCCCAGACGCACUCCCAGCAGCAGAGGCAGCAGCAGCAGCAGCAGCAGAGGCAGACGCAGCAGCAGAGGCAGACGCAGCAGAGCGGGGCGGCCAGGGCGGCGGAGCUCACCGUGGCUCACAGGACGGAGCGACGGGGCAGGGAGCCGGGCAUGCUGGGAGACGGCUGCAGCAGCCCCAGCGGCCACAACCACAGGUCCAACCGACUGGCCAUGCUCUCCAGGUCUCUGAUCCUGUGCCACUCCAAGACCAGUGACGACUUUCCCGAGCCGGAGGAGAGGACCUGGGGUGCCGGGGACGGGGUCCCGGGCCCCGCGGGGCCUUGGGGCCCCGGGGGUGAUCCCGUCAUCCCGGGGCAGAUGGGGGGUCCGAGCUGGGCGAUGGACCCGGCUCAGGGGCCGCUGACAGUGAAGGGCCAGCCGUCCUCACCGGGGACCCAGCGAGGCACGGAGAGCCCCAAACAUCCGUACCCCCACUCUGAGGACCUCAGGGAGCACAAGCGGAGCCUCCGGAGGACAUUCAGCAUCAAAGAGAGCAGUAUAUGGAGGAUGUGUGUGGCCACGGGGCCCACAGACGAGGGCCGGGGCCCCCAUAUGUCUGAUAGCAGCAGCCUGACGCAGGACAAAGAGGCCUGUGUGGAGCGAGGCCACAACACAGUGGAGUUAUACAGAGGCUGCUACAACCAGAGGCCAGACAAGCUGGCACCUUUUAACGGACAGUGUCUGAACGGCCACACAAGGCCGGGGGGGGAGGGGCGCGGCCGGUCUGCCGCCGUCAACCUCAGCGGUCAAACCCAAACAGAGGAAGCUCCGGCGGCGCCAGAGUCCCUCCGCGUCUCCUGUCUGACCAACGGACCUCCGUACCCGGCGUCUGUCUCCCCGUCCGACUCCUCCGCCGAUCCCAGCUACACCGACAGCGACUUUGUGUCGUCCAGCAGCCACCACCUAAAGUUGGCCAUCCCAGAGGUGAACGAGGAGAAAGUAUGGGAGACGGAGGAGACAGGGGAGCCGAAAGCUGUGGACGCGACUGACUGCAACCGGACACGUGCCAGCUCUACAAGCGUUCAUCCUUAUUGGAUCGGGGACCUGGAUGCCAUCAUCAUGAGGGCGCCGGAUCUCUACGGCGACCACCCGAACCCAAACGGUGGUUUCUACGGCAACAGGAAGUCUUUGUCUCAGCAGCUGGACGUCCCCCACGCCAACAUGCAGCCCGUGCACAGGGCCACUCGGUCCCUCAGUUCAGCCCUGUUGGUCCAGCACUCGUGCAGCAACGUCCAGGCAUUCUUCAUCUGCAACGUGGUUCUGAUGAAGGGCCAGGGCAAGGGCCUCGGCUUCAGCAUAGUGGGAGGACAGGACAGCAUGUAUGGACCGAUGGGGAUCUACGUGAAGACCAUCUUCCCUGGAGGAGCCGCAGCAGCCGAUGGGAGACUGCAGGAGGGCGAUGAGAUCCUGGAGCUGAACGGGGAGCCACUGCAGGGACUGACGCACGACGAGGCGCUACAGAGGUUCAAACAAAUCAAGAAGGGUCUGUUGACGCUGGCGGUGCGGACCAGCCUGCGUGUGGGGGCUCUGUGCGGCGGCAGCGGCCAGGCGGCCCAGCUGUGCCGCUCUCGCUCCCUCAGCAGCUCCACCACGGGGAUGACCCGGGUCAGCGCCGACCUGGGCCACAGCUACAGCUACCUGAUGGGCGCCGCCGUGCCGGUGGCGGCGGCGGGCCCGCAGGCCAAGCCCCGGGACCGCGUGGUGAUGGAGAUGGUCCUGCAGAAAGAGGUCGGCGUGGGCCUGGGCAUCGGGCUGUGUUGUGUCCCCUCUGGAGAAGGCUGUUCUGGGAUCUACAUUCACACCCUCUCCCCUGGCUCCGUGGCUCACAUGGACGGCAGGCUCAGGUGUGGGGAUGAGAUCAUGGAGAUCAAUGACACAGUGGUGUACAGCAUGGCCCUGAACGAUGUGUACUCGGUCCUGAGCCAGUGCCCCCCCGGCCCGGUCCAGAUCAUCAUCAGCAGGCACCCAGACCCCAAGGUGUCAGAGUUGCAGCUGAACAACGCCAUCGCCCAAGCGGUGGUGAACACCAAGCUGAGGAGGGACAAGAGCCAGUGGAGUGUUGAUGGUGUACGAAGGCUGGAGUCCUGCCCCCACAUCCGCCACAAGGCACAGAAGACCAUGACCCGAUCCUGCAGCGACAGCACCAACAACCACCACCUCCACCACCUCCACCUCCAUCACCCCAACAACAACAACCACCGGGGGGUCAACAUCACCCUUCAGAACCUGACGAACGCCUACCACAACCCGCCCACCCGACUGCACAGCCUCGACACGCCAACGUCUGCGUCAGAGCCCUGGGCUGAGAACAGGCUCUCGGUGCCUUUGUACUGUGAUGAGGACUACAACGUGCCCUACAACUCUGCUGCUGCUGCUGCUGCUACUGCUGCUGCUGCCACCCACCCCGGACAGCAGGCCUUCAGUCUGUCAUUCAGGGCCAGCAAGUCCAAGAGCAGACAGCACGCCCUCCCCAGGCGGUACUGCCGGGCCCCGGAUGUGACCAGCGAGGAGGGCUACGCCGGGGACUCCAGCGGCUCCAGCAGGGGGUCCCCGGCCAAAGAGAAGGGGCCGGCUCUCUCGCCCGCCAACAGAUGCCAGGAAGGAGAACAAGAAACCGAACUCUCAGAGGGAAGUCGAAAAGCUCUCAAGCUCCAAGAAUCCACAACCCUCUCGCCCGACCAGCUGCAGAACUCUCCGUGCAGUCCAAACAGAGGUUAUUGCUUAGCCCAAUCCUGCUCCCGCCACAAGAGAGCAGCUCUACGAAGGCAGUAUCGUGUAGAGCAACACCUACAAGACAAGCUGUCGAGCGACCCCUGGGUUCGUCUUUCUGAAAGCUCCCCCGACGACCGACCACUUCGGCACCCCGUAGGCAGCAGAGUCGCGAUGGACCCCGGUGACCACGACUCGCUCCGACGCGACACAAACGGCCCGGUCGCCAAGGACGACCUCAACGGUUUGGCCACUGAAUCUCUGUCAGAGUCUGCUUCCAACCUGACCAGACAUAAUAAACGUUCCCUUUCUCCGAACUAUAACUCGUCUAACCCUCCGAAACUGUCCUCCCAUUGUCUUCAGUUCUUCAGCAGUGUAUACAAGGCCUUGAGAAAGAUCCUUCGCUUGAUCUUUAGAAGUGAAGGAGAACAAGAAACCGAACUCUCAGAGGGAAGUCGAAAAGCUCUCAAGCUCCAAGAAUCCACAACCCUCUCGCCCGACCAGCUGCAGAACUCUCCGUGCAGUCCAAACAGAGGUUAUUGCUUAGCCCAAUCCUGCUCCCGCCACAAGAGAGCAGCUCUACGAAGGCAGUAUCGUGUAGAGCAACACCUACAAGACAAGCUGUCGAGCGACCCCUGGGUUCGUCUUUCUGAAAGCUCCCCCGACGACCGACCACUUCGGCACCCCGUAGGCAGCAGAGUCGCGAUGGACCCCGGUGACCACGACUCGCUCCGACGCGACACAAACGGCCCGGUCGCCAAGGACGACCUCAACGGUUUGGCCACUGAAUCUCUGUCAGAGUCUGCUUCCAACCUGACCAUGCAACCAAAACCUGAGGACCCAACGGAGGCGAAGAAGGCCCCCCCGGUGGCCCCUAAGCCAGCCUGGAUACGUAAGAGCCUGAAGAGUAUCCAGAGCAAGCAUUACCAGAGGGAGCUACCUAGAUCGACGGAACAGAAGCAAACGUUUGGACUCACCAGACCCUUUGCACAGAGUCCGAGAUCCACUUCAUCGACGGCUAACCUGUCCUUCAAAGAGAAGAUCAACUCAUUCGAGACCUUCUCCAGUCCUGGGCCCAGAGAGAAUAUGGCCAACAGAAGGCCUCUGGCGCCUUCCGCCUCCUUACCCCUCAUGGUGAAAACUCCCAGGAGUGACCGUCGUGCCAAAGAAGAACAUCUACAUGAGCACAUUGAAAUAAAUAUGCCAUGUACAAUCAAUAGCCCUUCUUCAGAAGGAAGACCAGAUGACCAUGUGGUCAUCUCUUCCCCACCCUGCAGUCCCAAUUAUUCAGCCACCGGCCCCUCUCCUGGGGUGACCAAUCCCCAAACUGUGGAGCGUUUACCAAUAGUCUCCCUUGCCCCCAUCGACACCUCUGCAGCACAUGUCCAGGAGAGUGAGGAGAGUGAUGCUAAUCCAGCUGAAGGGACAGGUGGAGAUUCCACUGUUGUUCUUGAUGAAGGUGAGAUGGCUACAACACCACUCAGAAAGCAGCCAGAGGUGAUCCUGGGAGAAGUACAACAAAGUGGAUUGAUCAAGCCCAUUCGAGUCUCUCAGAUGAAACCGAGCCCAGGUACCUACAACACUCCCGAAGAAGACAGCCAGAACCAGAAUGGGGAAGAGAAGAGGGAACACUUCCCAACCACUGAGCCAACCUUGGAAACAGACAGCCAACCCCUGGAUGCCUUGCUGACCAUUGAGAAUACCCCUCUGAUGGACACUGAGCCAGAAGGCAUGGAGAGAAUCAUGGCUUUCAGUGAUCAGAUGUGCCAAGCAUUGAUGUAUUCUAUGUCAACAUCAGCAUGUGACACUGGCCUGAGAAAACAUCAGCUGUCCUCAGAUCCUUCCAUCUCUGACAGUGACUGGGACUGUCUGGAAACAGAUUCACCUGCGACUGAAAUACCAGAAAGGGAUGACAAGGGCUUCUCAGUAAGCUUGGCCAAGCUGAGGGAGUGUACCAUUAAUGUAGGGGAGGGGGGAACGGCUGAGGAUGCGACAGAGAUGUCUGCUAGUGCACGCUCAGUCAUUUCAGCCAUCCCCUCAGACAAGAUAAACAGCAUGAUCCAGGAAGUCAAAUCUCUCAGUGUGGAGAUGCUGAAGACCCUGGAGGAAAUCCACGUGGUGGUCCUGCACAAGGACGAGGGGGCCGGGCUGGGCUUCAGCGUGGCUGGGGGGUCCGACCACGAGAACAAGGCUGCUACAGUCCACAAGGUGUUCCCCGACGGCCUGGCCGCCCGGGAGGGCACCAUCGUGAAGGGGGACGAGGUGCUGUCCGUGAACGGGCAGUCCCUCCACAACGCCGCCCAUGCCGAGGUCACUGCCGCCGUGCGCCUCGCCCGCACCAUGAGGGUGGCCGUGGUGGUGGUCCGGAGGAGGGGGGAGGGCGACGCGGUGGACAGGGGGGGCACGGAGGCACGGCAGGGCAGCUGCAAGGGGGAGCAAGACCUCGGCUCCUUAGGUCCUCCAGUGCACGUCACCAUAGACAAGUCUGCCGGCGGGGUGGGCUUCACCCUGGAAGGAGGGAAAGGCUCCCUCAACGGAGACAGGCCGCUGCUCAUUAACCGGAUCUAUCCGGGCGGUGUAGCUGAGGAUUGCGGCCUGCAGUGUGGAGACGAGCUUCUGGAGGUCCAAGGAACGAAUCUCCAGGACAUGACGCGCUUCGAGGCCUGGAACAUCAUCAAGGCCCUGCCUCAAGAACCCAUCACAGCUGUGAUCAGACGGAGGGCCGACGACGAAUGACCAGCGACAAGAUCCUUUUACUGUACAUCGAGCGAGCUUCAAAUGGAACAUGGGAGCAGGGGGGACAAAUGUUGCACUUGUUUUCCCAUGACUUCUUGCCUCGAUAACAAACCAAAGAUCGAAGCCAUCGGGGUCACACGGUACUCCAGACAGGGCAGCGGAGGAGUGAGCUGCACUGCUGGUUGAUUUAGAUGGUUCAGCUUUUCUUCUGCCAUACCAGCGACGCUUUCGGGUACCUUGUUAGCGCUAGUUUCUAUUUCAGUGAGUUUGCAAUUGCAUAAAGCUCAAAACAUCAAGAUUUUUUUUUUUUCAACCAAAUGUAUUAAUAUCAACUCAUAUGUACGGUAGUAUUGUAUGAACUAGAAGAAAGACAUAUGGGAACUAUUUUAUUUUUUAUCAGAGUUUAAGUUUGAAAAUGUCAGGAUGUCAGUCAGUGUCACUGGUUGCCAUUGACAAAUGAGAAGACUGUUAAGCACUUUCCAGUUGUGGCCUCCUUGUGUGCAUGCAUUAUCAAUCAGCUACACUUAAGCCUGCACUUUUUACCUUUUUCACUGCAACCAUCGUUUCUGCAAAAAAACCAACAAAAACAUUUCGACUUUUUCUUCAAAGGCCGAAAAAUACCUUGGUCAAUUCAGUCAUGGGUGGAUACUGUUAUUAAUAUUAUUUAAUUACACAAAUUUUUAACCCAAUUCGUUUUAACAAUAGUUGUGGCUGCAGACACAAGGUUGCAAAAUGUCGGUUUAAAUGUAUUUUCAAUGUAUUGAUGUAAAUAAGAUAAAGCCUCGUUAUGAUAAAAUACUUAUAUAAAAAAGAUAAAGAAACCAUAUUUCAAACUUUAAAGGGCAACAGUUUUAACUCUUCAUUCCAAAUAUGGGAAAAAAGUACAUUUUGAUGGUCUGAAUAUUGUUUUAAUGAGAAUUGUCGAAACUCAAAUGUAUUCUGAUUGGUAAUUUAAUGACAAUGCUGGUGCUUUACAAAAACAGAAGAACAAAUUAUUUUGGUACAGUGUAGUACUAGGUAAACAGUCUAUUGUAUGUGCUGAAUAUACAUGUAAAACUUAACAUGGGCCACUCUCUUUAGCAGCAGUUGUUUUCAAUUGGAUGAAAACAUCACAAAAUGGAAUUGAUAUAACAGUAACAUUUUUGAUCUUGCAUAAAUGGCCAAAAACA